GAAAGUUAUUCUGCAGAGGAAAAUUCUGCGUGACGUGUAUCAAAUGUUUCCAAUUAAUUUCCUAGUUUCAUCUAUGGUUUCGAAUUGACAGUUGGUUUGUAUAUUAUCUUGAAAGUGUCGUGGAUUAUUACGUAUUUGUCAGGCAAAGAUGGCUGACGAAGAUCCGGUAAAAUCUCCUAGUUCUGAGGAAAAACGGGAGGAAAAUGAGCCCCAGGAGGAAGUGAAAAAAAUAUCAGUCACAAUUAAAACACCCAAAGAAAAGGAAGUCGUAGAAGUUGCUGAGAAUGCUUCGGUCAAAGAGUUCAAAGAUAUUGUUGCUCCAAAAUUCAAUUCGGAACCUGAUCAAUUAUGCCUUAUCUUUGCUGGCAAAAUAAUGAAAGAUGGAGAUACUUUGACCCAACAUAACAUCAAGGAUGGACUUACAAUUCAUCUAGUGAUUAGAGCUAAGCCUAAGACUAACGAGUCUGGUCCAUCUAGACCCCCAGCUGAUGUGAAUGCUACUCCAUUUGGCCUUGGUCCGCUGGGAGGUCUCAUUGGCUUAGAAUCAAUGGGUGUCAACUCGAAUAAUUUUAUGGAACUUCAGAAUAGGAUGCAAACUGAAUUAUUCAGCAAUCCGGAUAUGCUCAGGCAGAUGUUAGAUAAUCCUCUUGUUCAAACUCUUAUGAACGAUCCAGAAAAUAUGCGAUCCUUGAUAACAAGCAAUCCUCAGAUGCAAGAGCUGAUGGAACGCAAUCCGGAAAUCAAUCACAUGAUGAAUAAUCCAGAGUUGUUACGUCAAACCAUGGAAUUGGCCAGAAAUCCAUCCAUGCUUCAAGAAUUGAUGAGGAGUCAUGAUCGGGCAAUAAGUAACUUGGAGAGUAUUCCUGGUGGUUACAGUGCCUUACAAAGGAUGUAUAGGGAUAUCCAGGAACCGAUGCUGAAUGCUACAGCUGAGCAGUUCAUCAGAAAUCCAUUCUCAGGUUUGGUAGAUAAUAACAGUACUGGUGCAAAUCCACAACAAGGAGCUGAGAAUCGGGAACCUCUGCCUAACCCUUGGGGUGGUGGAGGGAGAAGCCCGAGUUCAACAUCACCUACUACUCCUAGACCAGGAGUUCUCAAUACUCCACAGAUGUCUAGUUUGUUGCAACAGAUGGCAGAAAAUCCUCAAUUAGUUCAGAGCAUGUUCAACGCUCCAUAUACUCGUUCCAUAAUCGAAGCGAUGCAAGCUGAUCCUAACAUGGCUAGUAGUUUCCUAGCAGAUAAUCCUUUGAUUUCUAGGAACCCCGCCCUUCAGGAGCAGAUGCGCCAGUACAUGCCUCAAUUUCUUCAGCAGCUACAGAACCCAGAAAUGCAGAAUUUAAUGACCAAUCCGCAGGCCAUCAACGCAAUCAUGCAGAUCCAGCAAGGUAUGGAGUCAUUGAGACAAGCUGCACCAAGCCUAGUCAACACUUUCGGCAUUCCACAACCACCAAGUGCUUCUACAACGACAACCAACACCACUGGCUCUACCACAACAGCCACAACUGCUUCAACACCAACUACUAACACCACUACAACUCCUUCUACUCAACCUAACGAUACGUUUUCUGAAUUCAUGGCAAGAAUGGUGGCGGGCAUGACGCAAGGAAACAAUCCGAACGUGCCGCCGGAACAGCGAUACCAGCAGCAGCUUGAACAGCUCACAGCUAUGGGUUUCCUCAAUCGCGAGGCUAACCUUCAAGCUCUGAUAGCCACGUUCGGCGAUAUCAACGCAGCCGUCGAACGACUGUUGGCCCUGGGACAAUUGUCGAUGAGCUAACCUAUUUCAUGAUAUCGUUUGUAUACGUGUAUUAUUUGACUUCUCUUUCUUGUAAGUUAUUCAUUCAGAAGUUUUGGGUUAAUAUGAGAUGAUAUAAACUCAGUUUUAGGCUAUGAGCGUUGGAUUUUCAAUUAAUGAUCGAGAAUGUUUUUCAUCCUUGGUGUUCAAUUUCUGUUAUGUUUUCUUUCCAAGGGUUGGCAAAAUGUUGUUUCUUCAACUAUGAAGGGCAUUAUAUAGACUGUUCUGAGAGUUCAGAGCUCGAUAGCCGGAACUAAUUUAGACCUCUAUUUGUAAGUUUUAAGUGUUCUGAGAAAUAAAUAUAAAAAAGGAUGAAA